GAAACGUUUGUUUGUGGUCCUAAACUGAGAGGCACCGCCAACAUUUGCUAUCUAGCAAACAUUGACUUCUUCAGCUGUCGCCAGAUUGAAACUCCGCUCAAUGCUGGGUUGUGUAAGUCUGCCAAGCGGAGAUGGAUGAUGAGCUGGAGAACUUCAUCAGGGAGCGGAAAGCAAGAGUGGCUGAGGAUAAAGCCAAUCUGGAACAAGACCCUCCUUACAUGGAAAUAAAGGCAAAACCCCACAGAGCCUAUGGGUCUACUGUUAAGGAGAACAUCCCUCCCAAAUCUAUUGCACAAGGGAAAGAGGAGAGUUGCAGUGUGGGUCUGCCCCUCGGUGUGGAGUACGAGAGGAAGAAACAGAGGCUGCAGCAUGAGCUACGUAUGGACUACAGGCGCUACAUGGCUCAGAAAAAACACUUUGACCCUGCAGAGCCCGGGCCGUUAAUUCACCUCGAUAACAGGAGCUCUGUCAAGCAGCACCUGUGUGAAAAUCAGACGGGUGUUCUUCCCAAACAGCGAGCGUCCUCAUGGAGGGAUGCAGCCACUCUGACAGAGGACAGCAAGGGGUUGCACAGGGCUCUGCGGCUUACUGAGGUUAAGACCCUCUGUCCUGAGGAGGAAGAGGAGCAGCCAUCACUGACUCCUAGGCAUCUAGACAGGCUGGGGAGGCCAGUGGACCAAGAAUCGGAGGAAGAGGAGAACUUCAGGGAGGAGCUGGAGCUGAUGGAAGGCAGAAGGCGCAGGCAUGAGGGGAUUGAGGCCAGAAAUGAGAAGAGGCAAACCAAUAGGACUGAUGGCAGGGAGAAGAGGGAGAAUGCAGCAGGUUUUGCCAGAGAAGGCAGGAGAUUGAGAGCCCUGACCAAAAAUGAGGAUGCUGAGUUUGCCACUGGACUUAUAAUAGGAGCAGCUGAUACCGAUGAGGCUUUGCGGAGGAGGAAGGAGCGCUACAGGCAGGAGCUGCAGGAGCAGAUAGCUGAACAACACAGGAACAAGAAGAGGGAAAAAGAUUUGGAGCUGAAAGUUGCUGCGACGGGGGCGAAUGAUCCUGAGAAACAGCCGGACCGAAUCAGACAGUUUGGACUGAGCAGGAGAAAAGAACUUCAGGGUCUGGAGUCUUCAGCAACAAGGGAGAGCGAAUCAUCAUCCAGAGGUCUGCCCAAUAAUGAGAAGACUGGUGUUAGAGAAAGAGAAACGCCUCCUCCUGAGCAGCCUCAUGUAGCCUUCCAGUCCCCCCUGCUGGAGUACAGCUCUGCCCUGGGCCUGGGAGGAGGAGGAGGAGGAGGUGGUUUGUCUCCCAACAGUCAGCCUGCUGGUCCUGCUUUCCCCAGAGCCAUGGACACUCCCAGAAUUCCUUUGUUCCUUCCACAUCCUCCCUCAACACUCAGUGAAGCCUACAGGAGCCCGUAUGGAGAGCCCCAUCACUACUAUGGUACCAGAAACCUGCUUGACUCGAACAUGGCCUACUAUGGUCAUUUAUCUGUUCCUGGUGCCAGCCUACCCAUGUCCUACUGGAAUGUACCACCAGGGGGUGCUGUGCCCUGCCAGUUUGGCAACCACAGCCCUCACAGCCAGCACAGUGGAAGCAGCUUCCCUGAGCCACCAAUACCGCCCAGCAGCGAGGCUGCUACUGUGGACUCGCAAGUCAGAGCUUUCCCUUCAGAGAGAUCCAGGUCGACCAGGGAAAGGAUUCUAAGCUACAGAGACGCUCUCAAACAACAGAUCCAUGAGCAACACGAAAGGAGGCGUCUGGAGAGGGAGGAGCGGGAGCUGGAAGCUGACAUGAAGAACCACCAGCCCUGGGGUCGAGGUGGAGGAGGAGCCCCCCUCAGAGACAGCACUGGAAAUCUCCUUGCUGACCUCAACCAGAUGCACAAGCUGAACGAGGAGGCCUACAGCAACCCGGAGCAGUGGCAGAGGAGAGCCACGGCUGCCAUGACGGCACAACACACAGAGCAUCCUGACCCCAGCGAGAGGGUCUCUGGUUUCACUCACGUCCAAACCCCCCAGUUUGCUAGAGGCAAUGUGUUCUCCAGCCAGCCCACCCAGCACCAGCUCCAGGAGCAGGACAAGUAUAAAGCUUACCUCAAACAGCAGAUUGAGGAGAAAAUGCGUAAAAAGGCAGAGGAGAGGGAACGGACCAGACUGGAGGAGGAGAAAGAGGAGAAGAGACUUGCAGAGCAGAGGGCUCGCAUCCAAAGGGAGUAUGAGGAGGAACAGGAGAGGAAAAAACGAAAGGAAAUGGAGCAAAAGGCCAAGAAUGAAGAGCUAAUUCAGCUGGCUGAGCAGAGGAAGAAGGAAGCCGAGAGGAAGAAGAAGGACGCAGAGGAGAAGGAGAGUGCAGCACUGAGGAGGCAGUAUGAGAGGGAGAGGCAGGUUCGGGUGGAGGAGGUCCACAGGGAGCCUUCGCCUCCAAUCCCCACCCUGCAGAAGAAACAUGGGCUACACCAAUACAGCCCCAGACCCCCCACUGUCGACAGCCAGCGUUCUACUGCCCCCCUAUCUGAGCGCUCCUUGUCUGGUCUCCAGUCCCCUCCUGUCCCUGCUUGUAGGAACCAACUCCGAGCUGCAGGUGACCAGCGCGACGUGUUCAGUGAGCUGUCAGCUCUGCGUCGGCAGCUUCGCAGUGAACAAAAACGGCUGGAGGGUCAUCUGCAGCAGGGCGACUGGGAGGACUUAGACUCUCCUCUGAGUGACAGACAUCGGGAGCGUCCCCUGGUGGAUGUGUUUGAUAUGGCCAGGCUGCGGCUCCAGGCUCCGGUCCGAAGACCCAGCUCCAGAAACAUGGAGCCCAGAAACCUGCUGCGAAUCCACGACUCCCUUCAGCUUAAAUACACAGAUGGGAAGUCCAGACUGGGCUCCAGUGAGGUUCCAAAGCUGGAGGAAGUGGGCAUGACCAGCAGGAGAAGGCACGACUACAGGGAUCCAUAUCACCAGCUCAGCAGCCACAGGUCUACAGUGCAGGACGAUUAUUUUGACCUGUCCCCACCUCAGCAAAACGAUUAUCUGAGGAGUGUGAUGGGAGGAUCUGCAAGAGGUUCUCUGCUGGAGUCAGAGAGUGCGUUCAUUGACCCCUUAGGCGAUGCCUUUCCAGUGCCCCCGACUCCAGAGUUUGAGAAGACCCCCCAGCUGUCAGCCAGGGAGAGAAGGAGGCUGGCCAAACAGUCACAGCACCCUCAGGAACGAGCUGCCUCCAGCCAGUCCACUGGCCAACACGACGACUACUCCGCUCACACAGGUAACAGGCUACAGCAGGAGGUGGAGCAAAUCAGUGAGGGAAGGAGCCGGGACAGGACAGGUCGUCUGAUUGCUCUCAGUCGUCGUGGCAACACAGCUGAACCAGUAACUCCGUCUGACGACGACUUCUCUCCUCCUCGGUUUUCUCUUCGCAAUCUGAACCAUCAGAGCUCGGUAGAAACUGUCGCCACAGAUCCCUGGAUGCGGCCGGGAACAUCGGACACACUGAAAUGUUUGGACCGUCUUUCGAGGAGGGAGCGGUUGGCAACAUAGGGUCCUGCUCCUCGGUCCUGAGAGGUUCCUUUUUAUAAAACCAGUUGUAACACAGGAUCCCCUGUGUUUGAAGUGUUUGAAUUAUGAGAUCAUGGUUUGUUUGAACUCAUGUUAGUAUGAAUGUAUGAAAAAUGCUACCUGAUAUGUACUUUUUUAAAAAUCAGUGAGAACUUACGUGUUCCUUAUGGGUAAUUAUUUGACUAAUGACUAAAUUAUGUUUUUAAAUAAAUUUUUAAU